AUGACGAUAUCCAACAAUUCUGGAACUGGCUACCGGUGCUCAAACAUGAUGCUGAAAACGGCCUUUGCCCCUGCUGUUGGAGUUGGCAUCAUCCUAGAACCGUGCUUCGUGCUUUUCGGCCAAUUCCAGAGCGGGACCAACGAACGCGGUCUCGGCUCGGCUACGACCAGCUCGACCACGUGCGUUGACACGAACUCGAACUGCGCCACCUGGGCCGCCAACGGCUUCUGCACCAACUCCGCCUACACCGCUGAGCAGCGCGCCAGCUAUUGCGGUGGAACUUGCGGAUGCGCCACGACCGUCGCCACGACGACCGUUGCCGCUACUACCACCACUGACAGCUCUGCAACCACCACCACCGAUGGUAGCGCGACGACGACCACCGGUGCUGCCGCAACCACCACCACCACCCCC